AUGAAGAAGCAAUUCAACCGCAUGCGCCAGCUCGCCAACCAGACCGUGGGCAGAGCCGAGAAGACCGAGGUGUUGAGCGAGGAUCUGCUGCAGGUGAGGCUCCCCCGGAGCCAUCCCGGGGUGGAUCCGGGGAUCAGGGGGAUCCGGGGAUCCGGUGGGAAUGCAGCUCCUGUCUCUCUGCAGAAGAAGCUGCCACUGACGACGCUGGCGCAGUGUCUGAUGGAGGGGUCGGCCGUGCUGGGGGAUGACUCCCUGCUGGGGAAGAUGCUGCGGCUGUGCGGGGAGGCCGAGGACAAGCUGGCGCAGGAGCUCAUCCACUUCGAGCUGCAGGUGGAGCGGGACGUCAUCGAGCCGCUCUUCGUGCUGGCUGAGGUGGAAAUCCCAAAUAUCCAAAAGCAGAGGAAGCACUUGGCGAAGCUCGUGCUGGACAUGGACUCCUCCAGGACGAGGUGGCAGCAGUCGGUGAAGUCCUCGGGUCUGGCCAGCAACCUGCAGCCCUCGGGGGCCAAAGCCGACGCUCUCAGGGAGGAGAUGGAGGAGGCGGCCAACAGAGUGGAGAUCUGCAGGGACCAGCUCUCGGCUGACAUGUACAAUUUCGUGGCCAAAGAAGUCGACUAUGCAAACUAUUUUCAAACGCUGAUCGAGGUGCAGGCCGAGUACCACCGCAAAUCCCUGGCGCUCCUGCAGAACUUCCUGCCACAGAUCAAAGCCCAGCAGGAGGCGUGGAUGGAGAAGCCCUCCUUUGGGAAGCCCCUGGAGGAGCACCUGGCUGUCAGCGGGCGGGAGAUCGCCUUCCCCGUGGAGGCCUGCGUCACCAUGCUGCUGGAGUGUGGCAUGCAGGAGGAGGGUCUUUUCCGAGUGGCUCCCUCGGCCUCCAAGCUGAAGAAGCUCAAGGCUGCCCUGGACUGCUGCGUGGUGGAUGUGCAGGAGUACUCAGCUGACCCCCAUGCCAUCGCAGGAGCCCUCAAGUCCUACCUGCGGGAGCUGCCUGAGCCCCUGAUGACGUUUGAGCUGUACGAGGAGUGGAUCCAGGCCUCCAACAUCCCGGAGCAGGAGAAACGGCUGCAGGCUCUCUGGAACGCCUGCGAGAAGCUGCCCAAAGCCAACUACAACAACAUCAGGUACGUGAUUAAAUUCCUGGCCAAGCUGACCGAGUACCAGGAUAUGAACAAAAUGACCCCGAGCAACGUGGCCAUCGUGCUGGGACCCAACCUGCUGUGGCCACAGGCCGAGGGGAACAUGACGGAGAUGAUGACGACGCUGUCGCUGCAGAUCGUGGGCAUCAUCGAGCCGCUCAUCCAGCACGCAGACUGGUUCUUCCCGGGAGACAUCGAGUUCAACGUGACGGGGAACUACGGCAGCCCCCUGCACGUGAACCACAACGCCAACUACAGCUCCAUGCCCUCGCCGGACAUGGAGCACGGCGAGCGCCGGCAGCACGAGCAGGCCCGGCGGCCCCUCAGCGUGGCCACCGACAACAUGAUGCUGGAGUUCUGCAAGAAGGACGGCCUUAGGAAAAUCCAAAGCAUGGGCGUCAGGGUGAUGGACACCUCGUGGGUGGCUCGCCGAGGCACCUCAGCGGGGCGCAAGGCGGCCUCGGCCCCCCCGGCCGCGCAGCCCCCGGCCCCGCCCGCCGAGCUGCCCCCCACGCCCCACUCGCCCAUCCCCGAGCAGUCGCCGGAGAUUUCAGCAACGCCCUCCCCGCCUCCCACCAGCUUCGGCUUCCCCCCGGCAGCCGAGCGGACAAGGUCUGCUCCGUUUUGAGGUCCCCUCCCUCCACGUGUCCCCGGAUGCCGCCCUGUGCCGGGACCCGCCCGAGGCAGCUCAGAGACUCUCGGGGCCGAGCCUGACCCCGCGGCAGGAGGAGGAGGAGGAGGAGGAAUCGGAGAGCACAGCCCUAUGACAGUGUCCCUGUCCCCAGGCUCAUCCGUGCGGCACCCAGGGGCCAGCACCGGCCACCGGCACCGAGGGCCACGGGCCACCUUGGGUGGCAAAGCGCCCGGUUUGGGGGCGGCCGCUGUUCUUUAGUUCAUUUUUGUUCGCCUUAUCCAGACUUUGCCUUCGAACCGGGUGCCUGCCCCCCGCCCCGCAGCACCCACGACCCUGGGGCGAUGCCACCACGUCCUCCGUGCCCCGAGGCGGGUGCCACUGGGUGCUGGCCAGGUGACAAGGAGCUCGCCGGCGCUUUGCAGUGGGAUUUCCUUUCUUCGGCUUCUUCCCCCUCCGCUUGUUUGGGAGCAGGAUGGG